GCUUGUACGUCCUCAUCGUCACAACUGCCAUUUUCGUACCUCAAUGGUGGUGUGGUUCGGUCACAUCCACCACCGUUCGCGGUUGCAUCAUCGUCCACCGCACAUGAGUUACCGCAGUCUUUUGUGCCACCUCUGUUCGAUGAUGACGAUGAUCUGAUGAUGGAUGCGGUCAGUAGAGUGCGUCUGGUGCAAUUUCAGAAAGAUACUGAAGAACCAAUGGGAAUCACCUUGAAGGUCACGGAAGAUGGUCGGUGCUUAGUUGCCAGAAUUAUGCACGGUGGAUUAAUACAUAGGCAAGCAACUCUUCACGUGGGUGAUGAAAUACGCGAGAUCAAUGGUGUCAGUGUGUUGAAUCAGAGUGUCGAAAUGCUGCAGAGGCUAUUGCGUGAUGCUCGUGGUGCAGUAACGUUCAAAAUUGUGCCAUCGUAUCGCAGUGCUCCGCCAGCGUGUGAGAUUUUCGUUCGUGCUCAGUUCGAUUACGAUCCGGCUCAGGAUGAUUUGAUUCCAUGCCCGCAAGCUGGUGUUCCAUUUAAAACUGGCGACGUUUUGCAGGUAAUUCAAAAUCUUUUCCCAGUAUAA